AGAUUUCAAGAAAACAAUGGCGGCUGGUAAUAAGAAGAUGGGUGGGGGUGAGUUUCAAGACAUGCUGCCAUUAAUGGCGGAUAAGUUGGGGGGAGAAGGUCUGAUUGAAGAGAUGUGUAAAGGGUUCAAUCUUUUGAUGGACAGAGAGAAAGGGGUGAUUACAUUUGAGAGCUUGAAGAAGAACUCGGCGGCGGUGUUGGGGAUUGAAGAUAUGGGAGACGAUGAGUUGCAGAGUAUGGUGAGAGAAGGUGAUUUGGAUGGCGAUGGAGUUCUUGAUCAGAUGGAGUUUUGUGUGCUUAUGUUUAGAUUAAGCCCUGAUUUGAUGCAACAAUCUCAACAUUUGCUUCAAGAAGCUCUUCAUCAUGAGUUUGGUGAUGCUUUCUUUUGAGAGAAAAAAAAAUAAAAAUGUGAUCUUUAUAUUUUCUUUCAUGGUAGUUUUUGAUGACCCAAUCAAAUUGUUUUGUUGUUAUUGCCAAAUGCCAAUAAAUUUACUUUUUUUUUUUGGGUU